AUGUCCAGCCUCUCUCCGUACGAUCGCUGGCAAAUCAUGCUACAAGCCCUCGUGUACUUUCAGUCGCAUUUCUGGCACAACGCCGCCGCAAUCUUCGAAGAGAGGCUCUUCUCAGAGGGAGUGUGCCAUCGUACUUGUGCUGAGUUGUCGCCGACCUCGCCGUCUUUCCUGCAGCUAGUUGUCGACAUCGAGCGGGACCUCCGCCUCACUGCCGAGCGUUGUGAUGUUAUCCUGCCAUCCUCCCUGGUCGCAGAGGUCACGCAGCAGAGGGUGGCUGGCGCCUUGCGUCCCGGCUGCCCGUCCGCGUCGCCAUCUUCCACCCCCCAUUACGACGCUAUCGGAGCGGUCUAG